AUUCCUGGCCCGCUCCUAUAGAGAGAGAGAGAGAGAGAGAGAGAGAGAGGAAUCUGAGUGAAGGUUGGCCUUGGACACUGUCGCUCUGUGCUCCGAUUCGUUCCUCGAGCAAUCGACGAGAAAAUGGCGGAAUCGUCCUUCUUCAGGAAGCACUGGGAGGGGUGGAAGGAGUUCUGGGGGGAGCGAUUCUCGUUCCUGGAGAACUACACCAGAUUCACCGACCGCGACCAGCCUCUCCCCUCUUGGUCCGCCUCCGACGUCGAAGAGUUCAUCGCUUCCGAUCCUGUUCAUGGCCCCACUCUGAAGACAGCGAGGGAAGCAGCGAAAUAUGCAGCUAUUGGAAGUGUGCUUGGGGCAGUGACCACAGCAGGUUUUACCUGGAAAUAUUCAAGGAGCUUGCAUGUAGGUGCUGGACUAUCCUUUGCAGCAGGGGCGAUGUUUGGUUGGACCUUUGGACAGGAAAUCGCCAGCCACUCGUUGCAACUCUACCGAUUGGAUACCAUGGCUGCACAAGUCAAGUUCUUGGAGUGGUGGGAGAACAAAACAGGAGGUCGCUAGGAACUUAACGAGUCUGCGACAUGAAAAUGAAACUGAAAGCCUUUGUUUUGCUUCCUUUGAAUAAGAUCGAGAUGGGAUUGUCAAUUAUGGAUGUGUUUGUGGCUACAUCUUUUGAAGUCAUCUGGUUUUUAGACUUCCAGAUUCUUGGCUUUGCUGAUUUAUAUGAUGAAGAAGUUGCUCA